CGCUCCGCUCCCCGGCCGCCAUCAUCGCUGGCCAGACGACCUCGGCGACGCGCGCCCGCCAGAUCCUGAAGAAGCGCUUGGAGCUGAGCCAGGCCGAGAAGCGGUACGCCAAGCUGGUGCACCCGGACGUCGCCGGUGCCGAGCGAGACGGCAACACGGCGCCGAUGCCCGUCGUCAUCUGCGAGCCGGAGGGUGGCGCCACGCCCAAGGCCGGCCGCACCUUCUUCUUCGUGGCCAAGCCGCCGGUCGAGGUGAAGGAGGAGCCGGGGCACGAGGUGGAGCGCGCGCCAGCGCCGGUGGCGCCGGCCGAGCCGGAGCCGGCCGCCGACACGGGCGUGUUGAAGCGGUUGGCCAAGUACCAGCUGUCGGAGAAGUACGAGAUCCUGCCGGCGGCCAGUCCGGACGACGCCGACGACAUCAUCCAUCGGCUGCGCCUGCAGAGCCUCGCGCUCAAGACGGAGCUGGUGCGCAUGGCGACCGAGUACGAGCGCGACAGCGACGAGGGUGGCAAGGCGCGCCGCGGCCGCAAGAAGGUCUCCACGCUGGUGGCCGUCGACCGGCUGCGAGAGCUGGAGAAGAUCGAGGCCGGCAUGCACAGCCUGUUCACGCCGUCGCAGGUGAAGGCGCUGGCGCGCGACUACAAGAAGAACAGCGUGCAGUGGCGCGACGAGGACUUCCGGCGCGCCCUUGGCCUGCUCGAGGCCAGCUCGGUGCGCGCAUUCAACUACGUGCGCAAGGAGAUGAACGUGCCGCUGCCCAGCAUCGGCACACUGAAGCUGCGCUGCCCGCUGCAGCCGGAGCUGCACGAGCGGCUGGACGCGGCGCUGCGCGACUCGCCGGCCGACGCGCGCUGCAAGAACUGCAACCGGCGCGCGUCGACGCUGCAGACUGACGCCGGCGACGCGGCUGAUCAGAGCUACCAGCAGCUGGCGCCGGCGGCGCGCCGCAGCGCCGAGUUCCUCACCGAGUUCGACCCGGAAGAGGACGCCGAGGAGGAAGAGGACGAGGACGAAGAGGAGUACGAGGAGGUGGAGGAGCAGGUGGAGGUGGACCCGCAGGAGGUGCCAGUGGAGUUCGCGCGCUUCCGCCACUCCUACGGCGGCGGCUGGAACGAGUGGGACCCGCGGCAGUUGCAGUAG